AUGGCUUCCGACCCUUUCUUCGACGCUCUCAUUGCCCGCCGCACCAUCUACGGCAUCUCUGACGCCUCUCCCAUCCCAGACUCGCGCAUUGAGGAAAUUGUAACCAAGGCCAUCAAGCACAUUCCGAGUACAUUCAACGUACAAUCCGCGCGCGCAGUCAUUCUCCUCAAGGACGAGCACAAGAAAUUCUGGGAUACUGCAGAUCAAUUCGUCAAGAGCGCCUUGCCGGAUGCUGUUUACCAGUCGCUUGGCCCUAGAAUUGCGGGCUUCCGAGGCGGAUACGGUUCGGUCUUGUUCUUUGAAGCCGAUGACGAUUUGACUGCUUUGGCAGCCCAGCACGCUGCUGUUGCUCCUUUCAUCACCGAGUGGUCCGAUACUUCAUCCGGAAUGCACCAAUUGGCCGUCUGGACGGCAUUCGCAGCAGAAGGCCUCGGCGCUAGCCUGCAGCAUUAUAAUUUCUUGCCCCCGCUUGUCGAGAAGAUCAAGGAGGAAUACAACCUUCCCAAGGACUGGAAGCUCAAGGCUCAGUUGGUCUUUGGUACGCCCGUUGGCGGUCCGCUGGAUAAGACCACCAAGCCUCUUGAGGAGCGUGUCAAGGUGUUUGGUCAGUAG